GUUCAGCAGUUGCUGCUUGACGGACAAACUGCAGCAGGCAGAGGAGAGUGGCCCAGAGAAAGGAAGGCCGCUUUGCCCUGUCUCUAACCAGCUGAAACGGAGAAACCUUCAUAGCAUCAACUGCAGAUCUUAGUCAUGUGGCUCUACCUGGCUGCCCUGGUGGGCCUUUACUUCCUUCACCGAUGGUACCGGGAGAGACAGACGGUGGACAACCUGACAGAGAGAUAUGUCUUCAUCACUGGCUGUGACUCUGGCUUUGGGAACCAGCUGGCCAGGCAGUUGGAUAUUCAGGGCAUGCAGGUGUUGGCAGCUUGUUUUACCCAGAAGGGGGCAGAGCAGCUGGAGAAGGCCACCUCGGAGCGACUGAAAACCACCAUUCUGGAUGUCACCAGCACAGAGAGCGUUGUGGCAGCAACCACAUGGGUGAAAGGAUGUGUGGGGAACAAAGGGCUCUGGGGCUUGGUGAACAAUGCAGGGAUAGGUAUCCCAAUGGGUCCCAAUGAAUGCCUGACCAAGCAUGACUUUGAAAAGAUGAUCAAUGUCAACCUCCUUGGAGUGGUCGACGUAACACUGCACAUGCUGCCCUUGGUGAAAAAGACCAGAGGGAGGGUGAUCAAUGUGGCCAGCACAAUGGGAAGAAUAGCAUGCUUCGGAGGAGGUUACUGCCCAGCCAAGUUUGGCGUGGAAGCCUUCUCUGACAGUCUGAGGCGAGAGCUUCGCCCCUUUGGAGUCCAAGUCUGCAUUGUUGAGCCUGGUGGUUUCCUUACAUCAAUUUUCAACAACCUAAAUGACCAACUGGGGAAUGUGUGGAGCCAGCUACCUUCUGACAUCCAAGAAUCAUAUGGGCAGCAGUACUUUGAGAACUAUUUUGCAUUACUCCAACGUUUGAUCAAGAGCGGCAGCAACAACCUCUACCUGGUUACUGACUGCAUUGAACAUGCCCUGAGGUCCUCUUACCCUCGCACUCGCUACUCUGCAGGCUGGGAUGCAAAGUUCUUCUACAUUCCUCUCUCUUAUAUGCCAACAUCAGUGGCAGACUAUGUGGUGACCUUCUCUUUGCCUAAGCCAGCCCAGGCCGUGUAGAUUAUUUUGCAGAAGCGGGAUUACAAAUAUCCAAACAAACCAACAAGCUGUGGUUGGGAAAUAAUUCCAACUGCAUCUUCUAAUAUCCUAAUCAGAUACAACCUUAAUAAUAAAAUAAAAUAAAAAACUGUACACUUAAAAAAAA